AUGAAGAGUUUUUAUUUUACCUAUACCGACGAUUCUCCCUUUGGUGCUAUCACCAUACGUGACAUGACCAGACCAACCACAUUUGAAAAUGUCAGCCGAUGGCUCAAGGAGCUCAAGGAUCAUGCCGAUGCCAACAUCGUCAUCAUGCUCAUCACUAACAAGACAGAUAUGAAGCAUCUCAGAGUUGUUGCCACCGAAGAUGCCCAAGGUUAUCCUGAGAAGGAAGGUUUCUCUUUCAUCGAGACAUUUGUUCUUGAAGCUACUAAUGUCAAAAAGGCUUUCCAGACCAUUCUCUCCGAGAUCUACCGCAUAAUCAGUAAGAAAUCACUUUCCUCCACUCCUCACCCUGCAUCUUCCACUAUUAAAGAAGACAAGACCAUCACAGUUCGCGAUUCCCAAUCCACCACCACAACCACCCCUUGUUGUACUUCCUCCUGCAUAUGCUGGUUCAGAUACAAAUUCUGGCUGGUGACAAAAUUCGACAAGGUCACCACCCUAGGUCGGAAUCCCAAUUCGAAAUUGACGGUGGAAAGUGAUAAAGACGAAGGAGGAUGA